GCGCCAUAAAAAAGGAGUACCAGGUCGCCAUUUCUCCAACUCCAACAACCACCAUGACCGUUCAUCGCCUCUUCUUGUCUAUUUAUUUAUUAUUAUUAUUGUGAAAGAGAGAUUGGAAAAUUUGCUCCUUUCAUUUUGAAUCGGCUACUCCCAGGUUCGUAAGAUCCAUGGCUCAUUCAAGUGGUGCUAAGAAACACAUUCAAAUCGACGUCAGUUCGGACACUGUAUGCCCGUGGUGUUUUGUGGGCAAGAAGAACCUUGACAAAGCUAUAGACCAAACAAAGGACAAGUUUGAUUUUGAGGUCCGAUGGCAUCCGUUUUUUCUCAAUCCUUCCGCACCCAAGGAAGGUGUCAAGAAGUCUGAUUUUUAUAAGCAGAAGUUUGGAGCUGCCCAAUACGAGCGUAUAAUAUCUCGGAUGACUGAGGUGUACCGGGGUCUUGGCCUUGAAUACGACACUUCCGGUCUUACGGGAAAUACAUUCGAUAGUCACAGGCUCAUAACUUACGCUGCACGUCAAGGCUAUGACAAGCAAAAUGCUCUUGUUGGCGAAUUAUUUUUCAAUUACUUUUGUGAAGGAAAGUACAUUGGUGACCGGCAAGUUCUUUUGGAGGCUGCCAGAAAGGUUGGCAUCGAAGGAGCAGCCGAUCUGCUCGACGACCCGAGCAAAGGGGCCGAGGAGGUAAAUGAAGAGCUCGAGAAGUAUUCCUCACACAUUUCUGGUGUACCGCAUUUCGUGAUAAAUGGGAAGCAUGAACUCAGCGGCGGCCAACCGCCAGAGGUUUUCGUGAGAGCGUUUCAAGCAGCUGCAAACUAAAUGAUGGAAAAGCCACCAAACCUGCACCCUCCUGGCUCCACCCAAUAAAUUUGACUCAUAUUGUACGAAAAUAAAGAUCCCACUGAAGGACUUGUCAUGGCAUUCUUAUAAAGAUCCCACCCACUGAAUGACUCAUGUUGUACGAAGCGUGUGGUGGUGUUAGAGUUUGUGCUUUUAUACAUUUGACUGCAAUGUCAUGGUGCUCACUAUAUUUCUUUACAAAAAUAUAAAGACACUCUCCGACUAUGGUUCAUUUUA